UUCAGCUCUUCAUGUUAAACAUGUAACCAGGAAAGAAACACUCAAAACUCAUCUGAACACACACCGAGAGCUUCAGAAGAACUGAAUCUACUAACAACAGAGAAGAUCAUUUAAUAAGAGAGAAGAAUGAAGAUCAUCUGGACUUUCACUCUGAUGAUGAUUCCUGGUGUCGUGAGCUCCAUGAGUGUAACAGGAUAUUCAGGAGGAGAAGUCAACAUCACAUGCAAAUAUGAUGAAGGAUAUACAGAGAACACAAAGUAUUUUUGUAAAGGACAGUGGCCAGACUGUACAGACCAAAUCAAGACUGAUAUUAAAGAUAGAUGGUUUAAUAAUGGAAGAUUCUCUCUGUAUGACAACACAAGAUCAGCAGUCUUCACUGUGACCAUCAGAGAUCUGAGAGAAGAGGAUUCUGGGACGUACUACUGUGGAGUUGAUAUCCCUAAAGAAAAAGAUCCCCACACUGAAGUGAAUCUGAAGGUUUUAACAGAGACAAACCCUCACAGAACAACAUCAUCAUUUAAAGCUCCAGCGAUCACAUCUGCGUCUCCUGUAACAGGCUCUCCUCUGACGGUCAGUGUGUGUGUGUUUCUGCUUCUGAUCAUCGCUGGACUCGUGUUCGUGACCGUGACUCUCUGCAGGAGGCGUCGCUCUCACAAUUCCUCGUCCAAAAGAUCUCAAGUCACACCAGGAAACAAUGAAGAGGUUUCUCACGCUGGUUGUGAUUACAAGCAGAGUAAAGAAUUACCCACAAGCCCCUCUGAUUCCUCUGAUAAAGCCACUGGUGACUCUCAGUGCUGCAUCACUUCUGCUGAGGAUCUGAAUUACGCAGUGGUGAAUUUCCACAAGAAAUCUGACUGUCCUGACAGUGUCAGUAUCAGGAAUAAUCAGGAUUACAGUGAAUACGCUGCUGUCAAUCGGUUACGGUAAUUUAUAUUAUCACUG